AAAUUUAAUUCAAUUCAAAACAGUAACAACCGUUACCGUGAUUAAUUGAUAUCUGUUAAUGUAAUGAAUACCUUUUGAAAACAUUUACUAUCGAUAAACGCAUUCAGUUGCAACUUCCAUCUGCAAUGUGCAACAAGAGCAUUGGCGAAAACAACAACGAAUAACAAUGAGCAGUUCAAAAGAUGAAGAAAUGUUGGUUCCCACGGUCAGAGAAGUGCAGCAAAAGUUUGCCGAGCUCUUAAGUCAUGGGGAAGAUAUAACUUGGGACCUGGUGUCGCCAAAUCAGUCAGAUGUUCUACGAAGAAAGUUUCAUCUUUUCGGAGACCCAAAAGAGGGACUAGGAUCACGGGGUUUUAUACAUACUGAGAUGUUUAGAUGGAUUUGGAAUCAAAGCAAAUAUACAAAUGGCCAGUCCCUAACAUCCUUAUUUUUUGUAAUGAUUGUGGAUGAUGUCAGUGACCUAAAAUUGGCCGAGCAAAGUAGAUCCUGGCAUAUGUAUCCAGUUUUCCGUUGCCGACGUUGUGUGGACAAAACUGGCCAAAACAGCAGCAUCGAUUGUUGCAUGGCGUAUGUUACUCAGCACCGCUCUUUUGAAAACUGGAACAAUUUUUUGAAAUUGUCAUCUUUUUGCCAAGGUGUAAUGGUGACCCCAUAUUGUGGAGUCUACAAAAUGAUAGAUGGCCAAGUUGAGCUUAAAUCGUAUUCCAUCACGGCUAGGCUUGAGUCGCUUUAUUUGCCGAAAAUGAUGGACAAUUGCCCCAUAACGCCUAAGUCAUUGGCUAUCGCCUCCAGAACACCCAUUAAGCGUGAAAGUUCCACAGCAAAAAGGGAUGAUUUUGCCGCGAAAUUAGCUUCUGAAUUUACCGCUUGUGAACGGAUGCUUAAUUUUGUAUUGAACCCUUAUGACGCCCAUCAAUCUUGUGAUGCGAGUGAUCUUUCUGAUUCGUUGAUUUUAUUUACGCAUAAUGUAAACAACCUACAAUUGGCGACGUUAAUGAUGAAGGACACAAAAAACAUAAACAUCUUGAUUAAUCAUCAAAGAGGAAUUUUUGACAAAGUAUCCAAGGAAGUUGCUCGCAUUGGUGGUGAAGUGAGUCUUAUACGUAGUGCUAAUGGAGUGCCCCCAAAAGAUGAGAUUGACGACAUUUUCCAGUUGCCCAACCAGAAAAAGAGAAAACCAAAAAAAAUAGAUCCUGAGGACUCCUUUGCUUUUUCACUAGAUUCAAAAAAUUCAACUAUUACAGUCAAGAAAAAACAUUUUAACAUGGACGUAUAUGGCACUUACCUUAAAGAACACAUUGUGAGUUCAGAAUGUUUUGAAAUUCUGGUAAACAGCAUGGCUGAGCACUUGGAACCCGAAAUGUUUAAUAUAAUUAUGGAGUUAACGCAAUCUUUCGUGGAAAACACCAAAAAGGAAAUGUGCCAUCUUCUAAAAUAUUAUUUUUCAACGGAAUCCGUACUUUAUCAGAUCCUUUUGUCUAUAAAGAAACAUUAUCCAAACUGGAUUUUCAGUGAAGUUGAAGAGCAAUCAUCUGAAAUCUUGAGACGUGUGCGCUUUUAUUUCGCCUCAUCCCUACCAAAUUCUCGUGUUGAAUUUUUAAAGAAGUGUGAUAAAUGCGUGGGUUACUUCGACAAAUAUGAAAAGAAAUAAUAUAUUUUUCUAUGUU